UCUGCGCGCAGGGAAUCACGUUUCUGCGCGCAGGGAAUCACGUUUCUGCGCGCAGGGAAUCAGCAGGCUAUGCUGCUAGAGGGGAGGGGUUACUUUUGUCGUCACACAAACGUAUUUUGCCAGAGGAGGCGAUAAAAAAAACUAAGGAGCUAGACAUGUCUUCACAUUCGAAUAGUAAUGUAGCCCGGGGAAUCGCCGAAGAAAUAAUUAACAACCCGGAAAUCCUUCAACGCCUGGAAAGUGCCCUGAAUGGUAAAAACAAUCGUAUGCCUACUACAAGACAGGAGACAUCAACUAUUGAUGAAGAAGUUCGUCAAUUGUUUCAAGGGCGGAAUGUGGUCGCUGAUCGUCCCGCUCAAAAUAAUUCCCCUGCAUUCAAUAUGCAAAGAAACUUUAUCACAGCCGGAGCAGUUCCAGGGAUUUUAAAUAGAAGGGCCAGAAAGAGACCCAGAAAUGUUUGUGGCCCUUUCCACAAAGAUGUUUGUCUACUAACGGGUCCCAAUGACACAGACAUCCCGAAAGGCAAAAUACGCUUAUACCUGGCAGAGCAAGGGCAUCUGGUUUUAGGUGUGAGAUUUAUGAAGGAGUGGGAGCCACAUGAGGUGCAAAACCACUUGCACACAGUCUUUGAAAGAAUCCUGACAGAAAACAUUCAAUUUGAAAUAAUGGUGACACUCAACAACAAAUUAAUAAAGCCAAGUCUGGAGCGAGACCAAAAGAUGAAUGGACUGUUACUAAAUAACAUUUUCAAGGACAAAACUGUGUACCUUCGUCCAUCUUUACAACUGCUGGUCGUUCCUGCAAAUGCAAAGAAGAACAGAGGUACUCUGUCAAAUAAUGAUGAUGAUGAUAUUGAAAUAGAUUUGACUGAUUCCAGUCCACCAAUGAACAGCCUGAAUGUAACAGUUCUUCAGGUCAUUGAGGAUGCUCCUUCAGAACUCAUAGAUGCUCCAUAUUCGACAGCAGGUUCAGAUGGGCCUCUUAUCAUAACAGAAGAAGAAAAUGCCACAGUUUCCAGGGUUCUUGAUUGUCCAAGUGAAUGGCAGUAUGCUGCUUUAUUUGUUGAUGAAGAGCUCAGCGAAAGCUUUGAAGAUCCAAUACCCCGUUCCACUGGUAUUGAAACAUCCCACCAUGAACGAGACAUUGGGGAUAUUCUCUGUGAGCUGGCCUCCCAGAUUGAUACAGAAAAUGUCUCCCUGUUUAAUAUCAGCCGGAAUCACCUAUGGGACGGAGUGAAACGAGGCUUUAAAAAAAAAACUUUCUUACCUUGCAAAAGGCUUUCGGUGAAAUUUAUGGACGAUAUAGGAGUGAGCGAAGGAGCCGUCGACCUCGGAGGACCAAGGAGAGAAUUUUUAACCAUGCUAAUGGAGUCCUUGCACCAAGGAAGCCUCUUUGUGGGACCAGACCAUGCCAAGUUCCUAAACUACAUUAGUGGAUUGAUGGUCUCGGAUGACUAUUUUUAUGCGGGUAUGACUAUUGCAACAUCACUGGUUCAUGGUGGACCUGGCCCACAGUUCUUAUCACCAGUACUUUUUGAGGCGCUUUCAAGUACACCCGAGUCCACAUUUGUGGCAGUGCAAGAUAUCCCUGAUAUGGACAUAAGGAACUAUCUGGAGAAGCUUCUAACUUACCAGGAAGAACAUUCAAACACAGCAGACUUAUUUGAACCAAUCCAAACUCUGAUGCAGCUGGCUGGAACACACAAAGUUAUCCGUAAUGCUGAUGAUUAUCGCAAGAUUGCUGAAGAAACUGCACAUUGGUACAUUUUUGGAAGAACACGGGCAGCAUUUGAGAGAUUAAAGGAAGGGCUGAAAACUCUAGGUGUACUGGAUGCUAUGACCAAGUAUCCCAAUGCAUUCAAGCAUGUCAUGUGCUACACAGAAGACACCCUCACAGCCAAGACAUUUGAUAAUAUCUUCCGCCCUGUUCUACACCCAUUGGGCUCCAAUAAAAGGGGAACAGAAAAUCUUGUAUUGUCUCACUGGAAAGACUUUAUACAAGAACUACAAGAUGAGCCAUCAGAUGUCACAUUGAAGUCACUACUAUUCUUUAUUACUGGCUGCAAGACCGUACCACCACUGGGAUUCAGACCAGAACCCACUGUAGAUUUUUUACAUGAUGCUGAGGACAAUGGAGAGAAAUCAAGAUUUCCAAAGGCAAAUACAUGCAACUGCACGCUGUUUUUACCAACUAUACAUGUAGUUUAUGAAGAAUUCACUGAAGCCAUGAGAUAUGCUGUUCUAAAUUGUCAGGGCUUUGGCUUUGCAUAGUCAACUAUUGAUCUUCUGGUGUGCUGGAUGGUAGGGACGCUCCAGAUAAAACCAAAGAAAGGAAAAAUCAAAAAAAAAUGAGAAAAAAAAUACAGUAUACUUGGGAUUUCUUGUUUUUCCUGGUCCUGGGGAGAUCUGUGUGUUCUGUUUUUUUUCCCCCAACUCAAUGAUUUAAUUGCACCCUUCAUUUAACUAAUACUUUACCUAAUCUGAGCUUUUUCUUUUCUUUGGAGCUCUUAAAGUUAAUUUGAAGUUACAGGUAUAGAAAAGAAUUGUGAAACACUGCUUUAACCAAUUCAUCAGUUUCAAACAACAAACACUAAAUGGGCAACUGAUUUGAUCAUUUAUUAUUUCCAUGGCAAAUGCAAAUUUAUUUAUAUUAAAUAUUAUUUGUAUUAAAUA